AUGAAUAACGAGGAUUACGGAUACGACUACGACUAUCUCUUCAAGAUUGUUCUGAUCGGAGACUCUGGUGUGGGUAAGUCGAACUUACUUUCUCGUUUCACUACCAAUGAGUUCAAUAUGGAAUCGAAGUCAACGAUCGGUGUAGAAUUUGCUACUCGAACAAUCGAGGUAGAAGGCAAGAAGAUAAAGGCGCAGAUCUGGGACACAGCGGGACAAGAGAGAUACCGUGCUAUCACAUCUGCAUAUUACAGAGGUGCAGUUGGUGCGUUGAUCGUGUACGACAUCAGUAAGAGCAGCAGCUAUGAGAAUUGCAACCACUGGCUCACAGAACUCAGAGAGAACGCGGACGAGAACGUGGCAGUAGGGUUGAUCGGUAACAAAUCCGAUUUGGCUCAUCUGCGUGCAGUGCCUACAGAUGAGGCUAAGAACUUUGCACAGGAAAACCAGCUGCUGUUCACGGAAACUAGUGCUUUGAACAGUGAGAAUGUUGAGACUGCGUUCCGCGAACUUAUCACAGCCAUUUACCAAAUGGUAAGCAAGCACCAGGUCGACCUCAAUGAGUACGGCAGCAAUGCGGGUCAGGCACCCAAGGGUCCCACCAUCAGUCUUACUCCGGCUCCCAAUGAAAAGACCAAGAAGACCAAUAAUUGCUGUUGA